AAAAAAUAAAAAAAAGUUGCCAUUUUGAAUUCGAACGGUCUGCUCCUGUCCUACAGUGAGUCUCUCUCUCUCUCACACACACUCCGUCUUCUCCCAUUCACAGUCCAAACACACCACCGGCGGCCAUGGCGAGAAAGAGGAAGAGAGUCCCGGAGGUUCUUUGGAGACUGUUCCGCCACCGCGCUCGGUCUCUGGCCGAGACCAUCCUGGCCUUGAUCCCUCCGCCGCCGGCCACGGCGUCCGGGUGCCGGUGCAAAGGGCCGCGCUGCCUCUAUUGUAGUGGCGAAGAAGUCAUGUCUUUCCUCGUCAGACCCGACGAUCCGUCGGACUAUCGGAAGCUUCUCACCGGAUGCUUCGUUGUCGUUUCCGAGAAUGCCCCUCCCCUCCCCGUCUUCGAUCCUCACUGCCGCUGGUCACAAUGUGAGAUUGUCAGAAGAUCCAUUGAAAUGAUAAUGCAUGAAGUACCUUCCUCUUCGAAUUUGAUUUGCUGCAGUUACGAUAAAGACAACCGCUCAAGUGCUGUGGUUGAUGAACUAACAUCCCCAAAGUGGACUAUCCUCUUAAGGAGGGUUGGUGAUGCUCUGAUGAUGUAUUUGUUGAAGUACACUUCACUAUUUCUGCCUCUGCCUCGAAACAAGCAUCAUCAGAUUUCUGGUUCUCCCAUCAGUGAUUUUUGCUUCAAAUUCUCCAGGCGCAUGCCUGACUUUAAAUCUCAGCAUCAUCCACUUGUGUGUAAUGUUUUCUCAGGAUCAAGGCAGAAGAGGAAAAGGAUAGAAGUGGUUGAGUCAGAACCAGGGAAACAACCACACAAACAUUCUUCUGGUUCUGAUCCUGCUUCAGACAGUAACAGGUUUGUUGCAAGUGAUGGAUCGGGUUGUGGUUCUAAUGAAGAACGUCCUCAUAAAAUUUCUGAAGGAAGCUUGAAACAAAAUACUGGGUUGUCUCAGAAGCGUACAAGACAGUAUCUUUGGCAGCGCCAGAGAAAAUGUAGGCAGUUGGUUCAAGAAACAAAUGCUUUGAUCCCGUGUAGUGCAAAUAGUUGCAACAGGGAUAACAUGUCCAGAAGGCUCCAAUAUGAUGUCUAUGCGAGGUCAAGUCUAAGCUAUGAGAGUAAGAUUUCUCCUUGCUUUUGUUGUUCAGUUUUCCAAAAUGUACGAAAGAUGCACAAAAAUGCUGAGAUUAAUAGACAACACAUAUUCUAUAAGUUACAGAACUCUACAUCAAUGUUCCCAGCGAAGCACUUACUGUAUGCUUUAAAGCCCAAUGGUUCUGGAGCCUCUGUUCUGUUCAACAAUAUCUUUGGAACAUUUGGAAGUGACAAUCCUGAAAAAAUAGCUUGUCUUCACAGCCAAAAAAGUCAUCGUAUAAUAUCCACCUGCUUAUAUCACUCCUUUAUUAAGCUACUGAAACGCCUCAUACGCGAGACUCGAAGUUGCCGGUACCUCAGGCUGUUGAACAAGCAUUGUUCCAUCAGAUCCCCAUAUCAAGAUGCAAGUAGGAGUACUACUGCUGAUUUUGAGGGAAAUGAUAAAGGGGCAAAUUUAUCUAUGAGAGGGCAAGAUGAGGAUCAAAUCGACAAAGAAUUGUCUCAGUUUUCUAAAACCAAGAAAAGUAAGACGAUUACAGAAGCCUCUGUUAAUCAGUUAGAGCCGAGUAAGUGUUAUUGCCCCAAGAAACAGGUAGUGUCAUUUAUUUGGGCAAUUUGUAGGAGGAUAGUCCCCUCACCUUUGCUGGGAGAACCUUCUAAUUGGAGAAUUCUGAGGAGAAACAUCUCAAAGUUCAUUCAGCUGCGAAAGUUUGAGAAGUUCUCACUGAAGGAAUGUAUUCAUGAAUUGAAAAUAUCAAAAUUUCCUUUAUUGUCAAAUAAGCAUCAUGCUGAUUUGCAUGGUGGAUGCAGUGAAGUUGGUAUCUCAGAUAUUGCUAGACAUGCAAUUCUUGAAUGCUGGAUGUAUUGGUUUUUUAUGAGUCUAGUUUCACCACUGGUUAAGGCCAACUUUUAUGUUACAGAAAGUGAGCAUGAGAAACAAGAGGUGUUAUAUUACCGAAAGUCUACUUGGAAGAAACUAAUGAGAGAAACUGAAUGCAUGAAGGAUGAGAGGUAUCACCUACUAAAUCAUGCGUCUGCUAGAGAAAUUUUAGGGAAGAGACCAUUUGGUUUCUCAAGGGCCAGACUUCGUCCUAAGCAAAUUGGAUUUAGAAUGCUGACAAAUCUUCGAGCACCAUCAAGAAUGCCAUUGAACCCACCUCCUUCAAGAAAUCACUCCAUUCGACAGUUGCAGAGUAAAGCACUUUAUGAUCAUGGAGCGGCAUAUCAGUCUUUUCAGUCUGUAAACAGUGUCCUUCAUGAUUUGCAUGUGGUUCUAAAAGGUUUAUGGACAAAAGAACCUGAGAAAUUAGGUUCAUCUGUUUUUGAUUACAAUGAUGUCUACAGAAAGCUUGUGCCUUACUUAUUUCUUCUGAAAAAUGGACCAACCGACAUGCCUAGUGUAUUCAUUGUGGUUUCAGAUGUGUCAAAAGCUUUUGACUCUGUUAAUCAGGAUAAAUUGCUCAGUGUGAUGAAGGAUGUCAUAUUUGAUGAUGAAUAUACUGUAGAAAAGUUCACUCAGGUUAUCCACGCAAAAAAAUCUCUGAAAGUCCAUCAGCAUUUGACAUUAGCACAUAAAGAGAUUGUUACUGAAUCCAGAAAAAACACAUCAAGGCUUCCGUCCCAGUCAUUGCACAGCGUUCUUGUUAAGAAGGUUUUCAGCAAAAAAAUAAGGAAGGAAGAAAUUAAUCUAAUUUUGAUAGAGCACAUAAUGCGCAAUGUGGUACAGUUUGAUAACAAGUUCUACCUGCAACUUGUUGGUAUACCCCAAGGAAGUGUUUUGUCUUCUUUGCUCUGCUCAUUUUAUUAUGGACACAUGGAAAGAAAUGUAGUCUUUCCAUUUCUUGAAAAAGCAAAUGGGGACUUCUUGGGAAAAUAUGACACCUUUGGUGCUUCAGCUUCACAGUCCAACCAUACAAACGAAGUUGUUGUCUGUGGUGCUAAAUAUCUUCUGCUCAGGUUCAUUGAUGACUUCCUUUUCAUAUCAACUUCAAAGAAGCAGGCUUCUAUGUUCUUUUCCCGGUUGGAAAGAGGAAUUCGUGAUUACAAUUGCUGGAUGAAUGAUGAGAAAUUUGGUCUAAACUUUGAUAUCAAUGGCCAAGGAUGUCGAUCAAACAGGCUGCAUGUUGGCAAAGAUGGUACCUCAUUCCUUCGUUGGAGUGGAGUCCUUGUCAAUUGCUCCACGUUAGAAAUUCAAGCUGACUACACAAGAUAUAAUUUCCAUAUGUUCUGCAGGUAUCUGAAUUCUCAUCUGAGUUCGACUCUAACUGUAAGCUGUCGAGGUAAAGUGGGUUGCCAGUUGAAGGCAAAGUUGCGUAGAUAUCUGCAGCCAAAAUGCCAUCCUCUAUUCUAUGAUUCUAACAUAAAUUCACCAGGCGUGGUCAGACUCAAUAUCUAUCAAGCGUUUCUACUUUGUGCCAUGAAAUUCGUUUGUUAUAUCUCUAAGCUGUCAAUUCUACCUAGAUUCUGCCCGAUAUUCUGUAUCAAUGCCAUCAGUGCGUCUUUGAGGUACAUGAGCAGACUCAUAAAGCGAAAGGUGUAUUCUUUUGACAUAGACAAUACUUUUCGACCAAAAUAUGAUGUGAAAAAGAAGGAUGUUAUAUGGCUAGGAUUACAUGCUUACAGCCGGGUAUUCCAGAAAAAGCAAUCACGUCACAAGAAGCUGCUCUGCUUGUUCAGGUCUCGGUUGAAACCAUAUGGAAGGUUAGAGAACAUGUCGCCUGAGCUGAAGUAUGCUGUUGAUGAUGCACGUUCAUCUGUACUUUGGAGCAUCAAGUAUUGAUUAGCUUUAGCCGUCUGGUUCUGAUGAUUUCUUGCCUUUCUCUUCACAUAGCAAGAAUGUUUUUAGCUUUUAGCUUAUUCUCAUUUGAUACUUCUGCAACUGGCCUCUUGAGUUCUGAACUUAGGCAGAGUCCCUCAUGGAUAUUUUAGGAGGGCAAUCGAGGUAUAUUUUUCUCAAACUGAGCAAGAAUUUAUUUAUUUAUUUUAUCCAAAAGAGU